GAGUCCCGAGCGCAGGCCUUCCGCCGCCGGGUUGAUCUUACGGUUGCUGGUCGCUGUGGCCGCGCGGUCUGCGGUCGGGCGAGAGAGCCGCGCGCUGCAAUGGCGACCUUUGUGAGCGAGCUGGAGGCGGCCAAGAAGAACUUGAGCGAGGCGCUGGGGGACAACGUGAAACAAUACUGGGCCAACUUAAAGCUGUGGUUCAAGCAGAAGAUCAGCAAAGAAGAGUUCGAUCUAGAAGCCCACAGACUCCUCACACAGGACAAUGUUCAUUCUCACAACGAUUUCCUCCUGGCCAUCCUCACACGUUGUCAGAUUUUGGUUUCUACACCAGAAGGUGCUGGAUCUUUGCCCUGGACGGGGGGCUCUGCAGCCAAGCCUGGAAAACCCAAGGGCAAGAAAAAGCUGUCUUCUGUUCGUCAGAAAUUUGAUCAUAGAUUCCAGCCUCAGAACCCCCUCUCUGGAGCUCAGCAGUUUGUGGCAAAGGAUCCCCAGGAUGAUGAGGAUUUGAAACUCUGUUCACACACAAUGAUGCUUCCCACACGAGGUCAGCUUGAGGGGAGAAUGAUCGUAACUGCCUAUGAGCAUGGGCUGGACAAUGUCACCGAGGAAGCGGUUUCUGCUGUUGUCUAUGCUGUGGAGAAUCACCUCAAAGAUAUCCUGACCUCAGUUGUUUCGAGAAGGAAAGCUUACCGGGUACGAGAUGGCCAUUUUAAAUACGCCUUUGGUAGUAACGUGACCCCACAACCGUACCUGAAGAAUAGUGUGGUGGCUUACAACAACCUGGUUGAAGGCCCUCCAGCCUUUUCUGCUCCCUGUGCCAGUCAGAAUCCAGCUUCUCAGCCACACCCUGACGAUGCUGAACAGCAGGCCGCAUUCCUGUUGGCAUGCUCUGGGGACACUCUACCUGCGGCUUUGCCUCCGGUGAACAUGUAUGACCUUUUUGAAGCCCUGCAGGUACACAGGGAAGUCAUUCCUACACAUACUGUGUAUGCCCUUAACAUUGAAAGGAUCAUCAUGAAGCUUUGGCACCCUAAUCACGAAGAGCUACAACAAGACCAAGUCCACCGCCAGCGCCUGGCGGGGAAAGAAGGACUUUUGCUCUGCUAAAUUAGGAUGUGAAGAUUUGGGACCAUCGCCAAAUUCAUUGGUUGCUGAAAAUGGAAUGCUUUUGAGUCCACAUUUCAAAACUGAAGUGUAUAAUGUAUGUAUAACCUUUCCUAUGGAAAUGUGACAUUGAGUGCAUUUUGUGUUGCUACUGUGAAGCCAUUAAUAUGUGUCUGACUGAUGAUGACCUGUGUGUCUGUGUCCCCAGGUGUAGGAGCAGGCAUUGUUCUGUGCCUGAGUAGGGGUAAGGCAUAUACCGAGGUGUAGUAUCUCUGGUCUGUUGGUAAGAUAGGUGACAUCCUAGAAUAAUGAUGCUGUUGUAGCUUAGUCCCCAUGAUUAGCAGGACUACUGUGUGUUCAAUGGUGUAUGUUCUGUAUCUGACAGUAACAAAUCUGCUUUCCCUGAAGAACUAGACUCUGCAUAUUGGUGGAAUAACCUAGUGUUAGUCAGAAUCUCCUUUAGUGACCAGGUAGCAGCUAGACAAGUUCCCAGACAACCCACUGUUUUCACUCCGGAGAACAGGACUUGGAUAUGUGGUUCUGUUUUUGCAUUUAAUAUUCUAGCCCAGUUCUUAGAAUGCAGUUAUCCUUAUAGUGUUUUCUUGUAAUUCAGUUGCUUUAGCAUUAGUGUGUCUAAAGGCUGAUGGACAAGCUUGUUAAUCCUAUAGAAAUGUUUUCAUGAAAUCUUACAAACUGCUAAUUUUCGUAUUUCUACAAAAUGUUUUAUUCUUUCAAGUGGUACUAUGAACUUACAUUUGACAGUGUUACUGGUAACCAACUUGUUUUAAAGCUAUGUUGCUUUUCAUUCAUGUAGUAUUGAUGGAUAAAUUAGAUGUACAGAUGGGUUUUCAUAGGCCUAAACAGUAGAUACAUGUGAAUAUUUUUGUGUGUUCCUAUAUCUGGAUCUGUGGAUUUUGUUUUGUAUUUUAAAUGUAACAAAUAAACAUUUUGGGAGAAAA